CUCCAGAAUGGCAGAAGACGAUACAUAUUUGGGAGGGCAUGAACAAAUGUUUCAUUUGGAUCCUUUGACUCAUACAAUAUUUAACCCAGAGUUAUUUCAACCAGAGAUGCCACUACCUACAGCAGAUGGUCCAUACCUUCAAAUAUUAGAGCAACCUAAACAGAGAGGAUUUCGUUUCCGUUAUGUAUGUGAAGGCCCAUCCCAUGGGGGACUCCCCGGUGCAUCUAGUGAAAAGAACAAGAAGUCCUACCCUCAGGUCAAAAUCUGCAACUAUGUGGGACCUGCAAAGAUUAUUGUUCAGUUGGUCACAAAUGGGAAAAACAUCCACCUGCAUGCACACAGCCUGGUGGGAAAACACUGUGAGGAUGGGAUCUGCACUGUAACUGCUGGACCCAAGGACAUGGUGGUCGGGCUGGCCUGUUUCCUGUUGAAUAUCACAGUUGGUUCAUCGUCUGUUUUGGAAUACUCUUACAGUUCCCGGCUGACCUGUGAGAGCUUUGAAAUGCAGGGUAAUUGUCAGAGUUUCAGACUAAUUGAUCACUUAGUGUUUCUGCGGAUUUAUCCGAGUAGGGGAAGGACACCAAGCUUGGCUGAGUCUUUGUUAAAAAAACAACAUCAACAACAACAACAAAACACCGAAAAAGCAAAGCAUCAUGAGGUUUCAGUUGUUUUGCUUGCCAUUUCAGGGUACGGCUUCCCUCACUAUGGAUUUCCUACAUACGGUGGAAUUACCUUCCAUCCUGGAACCACUAAAUCUAAUGCCGGGAUGAAACACGGAACAAUAGACACCCCAUCUAAAAAUGAUUCUGAAGGUUGUGGAAAGAGUGUGGACAGAGAGGCAGCCAGCCUCCCUGGGAAAGUAACUGAACCUGCAGAACAAGAUAAGGAGUCCAGCACUGGGGAUGAUGAGGUUACUCUGACGUAUACAGUGGGAGUAAAGGAAGAGAACUCUGGGUUUCAGGACAACCUCUUUCUAGAGAAGGCUAUGCAGCUGGCCAAGCGGCAUGCCAACGCCCUUUUUGACUACGCGGUGACAGGAGAUGUGAAGAUGCUGCUGGCUGUCCAGCGCCACCUCACUGCAGUGCAGGAUGAGAAUGGGGACAGUGUCUUACACUUAGCAAUCAUCCAUCUUCAUGCUCAGCUUGUGAGGGAUCUACUAGAAGUCACAUCUGGUUUGAUUUCUGAUGACAUUAUCAAUAUGAGAAAUGAUCUCUACCAGACACCCUUGCACCUGGCAGUGAUCACCAAGCAGGAGGCUGUGGUGGAGGACUUGCUGCGGGCCGGGGCCGACCUGAGCCUUCUGGACCGCUUGGGUAACUCUGUUUUGCACCUAGCUGCCAAAGAAGGACAAGAUAAAAUUCUCAGUAUUUUACUCAAGCACAAGAAGGCAGCACUACUGCUGGACCACCCUAAUGGGGAAGGUCUAAACGCCAUUCACGUAGCCGUGACGAGCAACAGCAUGCCGUGCCUGCUGCUGCUGGCGGCCGCCGGCGCCGACGUCAACGCGCAGGAGCGGAAGUCCGGGCGCACGGCGCUGCACCUGGCCGUGGAGCGCGACAACAUCUCGCUGGCGGGCUGCCUGCUCCUGGAGGGUGAUGCCCAUGUAGACAGUACCACCUAUGAUGGGACUACAGCCCUGCACAUAGCAGCCGGGAGAGGGUCCACCAGGCUGGCAGCUCUUCUCAAAGCAGCAGGUGCAGAUCCCCUGGUGGAGAACUUUGAGCCUCUCUAUGACCUGGAUGACUCUUGGGAAAAAGAUGGAGAGGAUGAAGGAGUCGUGCCUGGAACCACACCUCUAGAUAUGGCCACCAACUGGCAGGUGUUUGAUAUAUUAAAUGGGAAACCAUAUGAGCCAGAGUUUACAUCUGAUGAUUUACUUGCACAAGGAGACAUGAAACAGCUGACUGAGGAUGCAAAGCUGCAGCUCUACAAGUUGCUAGAAAUCCCUGAUCCAGACAAGAACUGGGCAACUCUGGCACAGAAACUAGGUCUGGGGAUACUAAAUAAUGCCUUCCGGCUGAGUCCUGCUCCUUCUAAAACUCUUAUGGACAACUACGAGGUCUCCGGGGGUACCGUAAGAGAGCUGGUGGAGGCCCUGAGACAGAUGGGCUACACCGAAGCCAUUGAAGUGAUCCAGGCGGCCUUCUGCGCCCCGGGAACUGCGGCCCCUGGCCCCGGGAAGGUGGCGCCUCAGACCCUCUCGCUGCCCCUCUCACCUGCCUCCACGAGGUCGCCAGUAGGUAAGGGAAGAACAGAACCAGCCCCUGAGGUAACCUCCUGCUCCCCAGGCUGUGUCUCGGCGUCUUGGGCUGUGGCUGUCCUCCCCACCAUCGUCCCCUGUCCCGUGUGCCUGUCACCCCUGCAGCUCACAGGUGCUCCCCUCUGCGCCUCUCCUGACGCUGCCGGUCAGGUGGGCUACUCUCCCCAGGAGCAGUCACAUUGACCCGGGAGUCACUUGGAUUCGUGCUAAAUACUAAAAACAACAUGAUGUGGCUGCUUAAGGCUAAUAGUGUUUCUCUCACUUUUUAAAUGUAAAAGAGAAAGAAACUCACAGAGCAAGGCGUAGAGAGCCAGGAGUGGCCCCAGACUGGGGAUGACACCACAGUUCCCACCACAGCGCCCUCAGCUCCUCACCUCAGCCCAGAAGUGGCUUCACCUUCUCCCUGCGCCUCCUCCAGGCCCCCAGCACUGAGCCUCUGUCACCCACCCGAAACACACCACAGAACAGCACUCCCAACAGCCCAGUAACCCUUUGUUUCUCACCAAAUGUGUUCUCACACUCUCUCAACAACCACUCGGCGCUUUGUCUGGACCAUCCCUCUCUCAGUCCCCACCGAGAACACAGCAGCAACUCGAAUUCCCUCGUCCUUGACAGACCAACAGUUGGCCUUGUCGGGCAGAAGCUCUGCCAUCCUCCAGGAGGUUAAGGCAAAAAUCCGAGCCUCGCCCAUGGACACUUGCUGCUCGCAGUCAAAACGCACGCAGCCCCCAGUCCUUCCUCUGGGACCACCUCUCUUGUCCAUCCACACUUCAUUUCUUGCCUCAGUUCCUGCAGCAGCUCCUGGUCUGCCCCCCUGCCUUCAGUCCACUCUUGACACAACAGGAGUAAGAGUCUUUUUAAAAAGGAGUGCUAUGCCUAUAGCUGUUGGGUGCCUCCCAGUUCACCUGUCCGCUCACCAGAGCUUUAUUGAAUUCCUCCCGUGUGCCUAGCACUGUCUGAGGCUCUGAAGAUGGAGCAGUAAGUAAUAAAGGCAAUGUUCCUUUAUCCAUUCUCUCUCGCAAAUCCCUUUCAUAUGCCUUUCCUCCCGCCCCACUUCCCUGUACCCCCCGUCCCCCAAACCUCCGCUCACAAGUCUGAUCCCAUCUUAGGACCCGAACCUUCCCUGCAAAGAGCCUCACCUCGUGGCUCCUUCUUGCCCUUCAGUUUCAGCCCAAGUGUCACCUCGUCAGGGGCCUUUCUAGGAGAGUAAGGACAGAUGUUGCACACUUGGAAGGAGUAAUGUGUCCACUAGCAAAACAACCCUCAUCUCCUAUCUCGUGACCUGACGCUCCUUCCACACAAAGAAAUAGGAAAAUACUUAUAUCUUUAACAUUUGAUUUGAUCUCUGACUUGUAGUUAUUUUUAAAAUUCCUCCUACACAUAAUAGAAACCCAGUAAAGAUUGGGUGACUGAAUCAAAUCAAUCAAUAAAUCAACCAAAUUAGUAACAAGACAAUAGUGUGUCACUGCCAUUAAGGUCUUUAUAUUUUAAUAUUGGAACUGAAUAUACAAGAAGAUAGCAUUUUGAUUUGUGUAUAUCAGACUUUGCUUCUUUGAUCACUUUCUAUAGGAAAUAAUUCAACAUUGUUCAGAUCUCUGAAGACACUUGUCAACAAGGAGAAUGUGACCUAAUUGUUCAUCACAGACUCCUUUUCAUCAUAAUCACCUUAUCUUUUUUUCUGCUACCGGAAGGUUUUUGAGGCAAUGUGUAGCAUUUACUAGCACGUGAGGCCCAGAGAGAUACCUCAUUUUUAGUUCCUACUUCAGUCACGCAUUUAUUUUGCCUGGGUUCAGCAAUUUCCCCAGCUGGAAAAUAGGUAAUACAGUGGUUGGAAAAAUACACCUGAUUUCUAAGAAAAAAAAAAGGCCCACCAUGAGUUAGGAGAAAUCAGAAAGGAUUCUGAUAAACGUGAUGGUAAGAAAGAGAUUUGAAAACAUUUGCCUAAUUUUGAUGUCUUCCUGGUUUUUCUGUUGCUCGGGGCUCUGCCUCCCUCGGCCGACCACGAGCACAGUAACGACAUAGUGACAGGCCAGUGGCACG